AUGGCCUGGGCUCCCCCGGGCAGCGGGACGCGGGGCCAGCAGGUGCAGUGGCUGGGGCUGCCUUUGCUGCUCGUCAUGUGGCUGCUGGGCCAGGCAGCCGGCGGACAGCGCUCGGCGCCGCUGGCCGAGCUGCGCUCGUCCAUCUCGGGCGUGGAGGAGCUGCUGGAAGAGUUCCGCAAGCAGCUGCAGCAGGAGCCGCCGGCGCGGGAGCCGGACGAAAGCGACGACAACCGCGAGCGGCCGCAGCAGCGAGCCGGGGCGGAAGCCGGCUGCCCUGGCGGCGGCUACACGGUCAAGCCCGACUCCAUCAUCCGCACCAAGGACUCGCUCGACGCCGGGGCCACCUUCCUAACGGCGCCCGCCGCAGUACGGGACUGGCAGCAAUGCGUGGCCGCGUGCUGCGCCGAGCCCCUCUGCACCGUGGCGGUGGUGGAGCUGCCCCAGCCCCAGGACAACGGCGACCUGAACUGCUACCUUUUCAACUGCACCCACCGCGGCCGUAACGUCUGUAAAUUCUCGCUGCACCGAGGUUAUAACAGCUACAGCCUGAGCCCGGCCACCGAGAGCCACCGCAACACCACUCCCCGCUCCGGAGGGCCUCCGGGAGGCAGCAGAGGCAGGCCGGCUGCUCCCUUGGGAUCCUGGAAAAAGCCGCUGCAAAGCUCGACUUCGGCUGCCGAAGCUGCCUCCGCAGCCUCAUCUCUACCCCAGGAAUAUGAUGAGCCUCCACAUAGCAGGGCAGGACAAGACAUAGUUUUGCAGCUGCCUACGGACUGGGUGACUUUGGAUGGCCGAGAAAGCACGGAUGACCAUGCAAUCAUUAAAUAUGAAUGGACUUUGCAGCAGGGUGACUCAUCAUUGGAUAUGAAGGUACCUCAAUCAGGAAUCCUGAAGCUAUCCCACUUGCGAGAAGGAGUAUACGUCUUCCAGCUGACUGUGACAGACACUGCUGGUCAGAGGAGCUCUGACAAUGUCUCCGUGACUGUACUUCCCAAGGCACAAACUGCAGUAGAAUGCUUGAAAGUUUGCUCGCGCUAUCAUUUCCUCUGUGAUGACGGCUGCUGUAUUGACAUCACACUGGCUUGUGACGGAGUGGCUCAGUGCCCUGACAGAUCUGAUGAAGCUUUCUGCCAGAGUGUGAGUCCUGGCCGCAAGACAAUAACUCAUGCUGCUGUAAGUCCAGCCCAGCAGAGAACUGUGGGAUUGACUGAAGAUACAAACAGAAGUCUCCCUUCUCAGAGCAUCCAGAAAGCCACAAGGAAACAGCUGCUUUCAUCAGUUAAUGCAGACAAGAGUAACCAUUCAGUCUCUCAGGGACCAAAGAAUCAAAUGAAUGCUUUAAUGCCAGGAGCAGUUUCCCAGCAGACUGCAACAGAGCCAUCAACCCACUCUCACUCUGAGCCAGAUAGUAGCUCCUCAGGGAAAGAUACAGACAAGAAAAUGGGAAAUUAUAUUCCUGAGUCAAAGAGCAAUCGAUUAAGAGAACACCCAAUCCCAGAAACAGGUGCAGUCUUACCCCUGGCACUAGGUUUGGCCAUCACUGCUUUGCUCCUCCUCAUGAUUGCUUGCCGACUUCGAUGGGUAAGACAGAAACUCAAAAAAGCCCGGCCCAUAACAUCUGAGGAAUCGGACUACCUCAUAAAUGGGAUGUACCUAUGAGAAACAUGUUUCUUAGUGGCUGAGGAAGGUGUUUCCAUUGAUAAUUUAUCUAGGUGUCUGAUUCUAAAAAUCAACAUUUUUUUGGACUUGUGCUAGGAGCACUGAGAAUAUUAAAAAAAAAUCCUCGUCAAAUCCAAAAACCUUUAGUCUUAUUCCUUUUAACUAUAGUUAAAAUCUCUUCUUCUGACAGUACUCGAUAACUAUUGAUGUGUCUAUAGUUGUUCAUGGGAUUAAAAUAAAACAUAAGUCAAAGACUGAUUAUAGUAAGCUGUGCCUGAAAAUAGAGAUAUGUAAGAUAAUCCGUUCAUGCAGGCAAUACAGCAGCUCAGGGAGAUGGCCAUUGUGUGGCAGUGUUAGCAUAUCACCUCACCCAUUGAUACAGAUUAUAUAUAUGUAUAUGUAUAUAUCCAUCUACAUAUACACAGAUAUAUAGUUAUAUACACAUAUUUUGAGAACCAGGGCCAACUAAAAAGUAAAUGAAGAUUGUGUUGGGCAUCCCUAGCCUCCCCUUUCUCUGCUCUUCCUGGCCCUUCUCCAUUUUAGGUACUCAGUGCCUUCCCCCUCACUGCUCAUCAAAACCUGCUCUCAGGAAUAAAUUUCAUAUCAGUCAUUUCUACUUUAGUGUGAAUUUGUCAACAUGUUAUCUCUUCUGCAGAUCUGUACUUUGACUCUUCUCUUUUGUCAAAAGAAAGGCUUUGUUCUCCAUUAAAUGAAUUUCAAACAUCGAUGAGCAGGUGGGGGAAAUAGGGGUUAGGGGUGAAAUAAUUAUCGGAAACUUGGUUUGAAUUUGGAUUAGAAGAGGCCAUAGAAUGAGAGAGAAAAGGUGAUGCAGGGGAUUAAACUGGAGGAUGGGGUAGGGGAGAGAGGUUUAUAGAAAGAAUUUGCUCAUUUCCUUUAUUCUAAUUUUCUCUUGUCAUUGAUUCAACAAUUAACAUUUCUUGAGAGUUCCUAAUAUGAUCCACAUUAGUUCUCUGUUAUGUCUAACACCUUGCUCUCCUUAAGAGCACAGCCAGGCCAUUUAUAUAUUCACUACAUUUCAACAGGAUUUUUUUGUCCAUCAAAGAAAAUGAAAUCAAACUGAAAAGACAAGCACUUUCAGUGUAUUUGCAGGCAAAAUAUUGACAAAGAUGCCAAGCAACUUUAGAUAGCCACAGUUCCUUGGUUUAGUAAAACAUACCAGUUCUUAGAAUUUAACUUUUAAAUUCUCUUUUGCUCUAUAAAUUAACAUUUUAUAACUUGGACUCAGUCACUCAACAUCAAAUAUACACAUUUUAGGACUUGCUAGCAUUUUCAGACAUAGCCAGAGUCAGCUGACUCAGCUAUGCUCUUCAGUCUGCAGGGUCUUGAAAGAUUUAUAUGAUUCUGGCACUCAUUUAAUACUAGGAUGACAUGACCUAAAGGCUGCCAUAUUGGGCAGAAAUACCAUUGGGGAUAAACACACACACACACACACACACACACACUGCCAUGCUACUUCCAUGCACUGCAAGAAACAAACAAAAAGUGUCUGUGAAUACCUGUGGCAAAUCUUCAAAGUUUUUUGAAAAAACAUCAUAGAAUAACUUAUUUAGGUAACCACAGGGCUAGCUGACCCUCUACCAAAAGAGUUUAAUUCUGAUAGAGAUAAAUUAUCUGAUUACAGUAUCAUAAUAGUAAGCAAAACACUAGUUCUGAGGUCAGUGCUGUUCCUGCAACCAUGAGUUUGAUUUUCAAAUCUUUCAACACAUUGUGCAAGUAAGACAUCAUCUCAGCUUCCUGAGAAACUCCAGACAUUUGCCAACUAUACCUUUAGUACCCAGCAAAGCAUUAAGCUUUUCCCAAGGGCAGUUUAUAGAGAUGUAAAUGUUAUCUAUAAUGUUGUGCAGUUUAUUUUCAUGUGUAAGGAUAGCCAUAGCCAAUAAAACUGAGACAGGUAAGGCAUGCAUCUUCCUAUAGGUCAUUUUUUUUUUGUACUUAAAGAAUUAAAACCAACUUUAGGAUUGCCAUGGUAUAAAAAUACUUAAAAUAAGCUGUCUAUGUAAAAUAAUAUUGUACCAAUAAACCCUAUUUUAUUCUUGUC